AAUACCACAAAUAAACAACGAUCGAAAAUAUGGUAUAAACAAUAGACAAUAUAGUAUACAUGCACAAGAAACUUCUCAUCUAAUUCAUUGUUCGAGUUUUCGUAACUCGUCCGGCAUAGUUCGAGAAGAGGGAAUAAAAGGGCACAGAGUGUUGUUCUGUAUGUUGUUGUUUUUUUUAAUCAAAUCCGCAUGAUUCAUAAGAUUUCGUGAAGAACUAGCGUGAACGCGAGUGAUUUUGUUUGUUUGUUAGAAAAAUUCAAAUUAAAUUCAAUUAAAACAUCGUAACAAACUAGAUUUGCCACUUACAUUCAAAAACGAGAAAAGAACAAGUGAAUAAAGUCUUGUGAGAAUUGAACCAAAAAAAUCAAUCAAAAUGUCACGUCAAAGUAACUCAAACGGUGGACAAAAUAACAAUGAAGUCGAUGAAUUGUUCGAAGUAAAAACGUAUUUCUACAUUGGUGCCUAUCAACAAUGUCUCAAUGAAAUUAACAAAUUACGUGGUGGUAGCAAUCUGAAGAAGGAUUGUUUCAUGUAUCGUGCUUACAUUGCUCAACACAAAUAUCGUGUUGUUUUGGAUGGCAUCACCGAUAAUGCAUCAACGCCAAAUGGAUUGAAAGGCAUUCGUAAGGUUGCCGAAUACUUUAAUUCAAUAAGUUCAACCGAUAAACGAAGCGCAAUAGUUAAGUACUUUGAUGAGAAUAGAUCGUUUGGUACUGUAGAAGAUGAUAAUGCUGAUGAAGAUACCAUUUAUUCGUCGAUAAUCUGGUGUUUAUCAGCUGCAACCGUCUAUUACAAUGAACAACUCUAUGAAAAUGCAUUGAGCGUUGUACACACGGCCAUUCAAACAUCACCCGAUUUAGAAUGUUUUGCCGUCCAAUUGCAGAAUCAUUUGAAAAUCAAUCGUUUAGAUUUGGCCAGAGGUACGUUGGCAAAAAUGCAAGAAAAAGAUGAUGAUGCCACUUUGACGCAACUUGCAACCGCCUGGAUUCAUAUUGAACAAGGUGGCGAAAAAUUACAAGAUGCAUACUAUAUAUUUCAAGAUUUUUGUGAUAAAUUCGUACCAACCAGUUUACUAUUGAAUGGACAGGCCGUUUGUUUUAUUGCACAAGAGAAAUAUGAGGAAGCCGAUGCAGCAUUACGAAAUAGUCUUGAUAAAGAUCCAAAUAAUUUGGACACAUUCAUUAAUUUGAUUGCGCUGGCACAGCACUAUAAUGUUUCCGGUAAAUCAUCAGAGGAUGUUAUCAAUCGAUACUUAUCGCAAAUCAAGGAUUUACAUCCAUAUUGUCAACUGGUCGUCGAUUUGGAGCGAAAAGAACAGGAAUUUCAACGUUUGUGCGUCAGAUAUGCGCCAAACAAUGAACUUAAUGCAUAGAUUCCUUUUUUUAGAAAUAGAAAAUUCCAUUUGUUACAAUAUGUUGCUUUCAUAAACCAAAACAAUAUAUAAUAACCAUUAAAUUUAUAAAUAAAUGCAAAAGU